AAAAUUUUACUUUUUUAUCAAAUUUAAACACUAAAAAAAUAGCCAAAAAAAAAUGCCACCGAAAAAAGAUCAAAAAGAUUCAAAUGAUGUGGUUCUAUUGUUGGGUCGUAUGGCAACCAAUCUUAAAGUUGGCAUUGUCGGCGUUCCAAAUGUUGGUAAAUCAACAUUCUUCAAUGUUCUCACCAAAAGUCAAGCGGCAGCGGAGAAUUUUCCCUUUUGUACUAUUGAUCCAAAUGAAAGUCGAGUUCCAGUCCCGGAUGAACGAUUCGAUUUUCUUUGUGAAUAUCACAAACCAGCCAGUAAAGUUCCAGCGUUUUUAAACGUAGUGGACAUUGCUGGCCUAGUGAAAGGAGCUAGCGAAGGACAAGGCCUAGGCAAUGCUUUUCUAUCACACAUUAAAGCUUGUGAUGCCAUAUUUCAUCUUUGUCGUGCAUUCGAAGAUGAUGAUGUUACACAUGUAGAAGGUGAUGUUAAUCCAGUACGAGAUAUCGAAAUCAUUAAUGAAGAAUUACGGCUCAAAGAUGAAGAACUAUUGAAUUCGGUGAUUGAAAAACUUCGUCGAUUUGUUGAACGUGGUGAUAAAAAAGACAAAGCUGAAUAUGACAUUUUAAUGAAAAUUAAACAAUUUUUGGUCGAUCAAAAAAGACAUAUUCGUUUUGGUGAUUGGAAUGCGAAUGAGAUUGAAAUUCUUAAUAAAUAUCUGUUCAUAACAUCGAAACCAAUGAUCUAUUUGGUCAAUUUAUCGGAAAAAGAUUACAUACGUAAAAAGAAUAAAUGGCUUAUUAAGAUUAAAGAAUGGAUCGAUGAACAUGAUUCACAUGCAGUAUUGAUACCAUUUAGUGGCCUGUUUGAAAAUAAAUUGUUGGAACUAAGUGAAGAUGAACGAAAAUCAUUUUGUGAAUUGAAUAAAUGUCAAAGUGCAUUGAACAAAAUUAUCGUCACCGGUUAUAAGGCAUUGCAAUUGAUUUAUUUUUUUACUGCCGGUAAAGAUGAAGUGAAAGCAUGGACCAUCCAAAAAGGAACCAAAGCACCACAAGCAGCUGGCCGUAUACAUACUGAUUUUGAAAAAGGUUUCAUUAUGGCUGAAGUGAUGAAAUUCGAUGAUUUCAAAGAACAUGGUAGUGAAUCUGCAGUGAAAGCUGCUGGAAAAUAUCGACAACAAGGCCGUAAUUAUAUUGUUGAAGAUGGUGAUAUUAUUCUGUUUAAAUUCAAUGCUGGUGCUGGUCUUACAUCGAAGAAAAAAUGAGCACUUUUUUCAUCAAAAAAAAAAAUAAUGUUUUAAUUUGAUUGAUCAAAUUUUUU